UCUGACAGCGGACGUUGCAGUCAUGGAGGAAGUGAGAGUUUUUCCCCUCACCUGUGCUGUGCAAAAUUAUGCAUGGGGAAAGAAUGGGCUGGACAGCGAGGUGGCCAAACUGGUGAUUGGUGGAGACCCCCUGGCUGUCAUAGAGGAUGGCAAACCCUAUGCAGAGUUGUGGAUGGGUGCCCACCCAAAAGGCGAUGCCCAGAUUAAAGACAACAGGAUCGCACAGACAACACUGGGCCAGUGGAUCGCCCACUUCCCUGCCUGCCUGGGCUCCAAGGUUAAGGACACCUUCCAGGGCCAGCUGCCCUUCCUCUUCAAAGUCCUCUCUGUCAAUACCGCUCUGUCCAUACAGGCCCACCCCAACAGGGAGUUGGCCGCUCGUCUCCAUGCUCAGUUUCCGGAGCACUAUCCAGACAACAACCACAAGCCGGAGAUGGCCAUUGCUCUCACCCGCUUCCAGGGCCUCUGUGGCUUCAGACCAGUGGAGGAGAUCCUGGGAUUCCUUAAAUGCGUCCCAGAGUUCCAUGCUCUGGUGGGCAACGAGUCAGCGGAGGAGCUGCGGAGCAGCAUGGGAGACGCAGUUCGUACGAGCCAGGCACUGAAGAAAUGCUUCACCAGGAUGAUGAACUGUGAGAAGAAGGUGUUCGUAGACCAGCUCAACAUGUUGGUGAAGAGAGUCACUGAAGAGGGCGCAGCAGGGAAGGACACAUCAAGCAGCAACGGUGACCUGUUGCUCCGUCUCCACUCCCAGUAUCCUGGAGAUAUCGGCUGCUUCUCCAUCUACUUCCUCAACUAUAUGGUCCUGGAUCCAGGCCAGGCCAUGUUCCUGGGAGCCAAUGAGCCUCAUGCUUACCUUUAUGGAGACUGUAUCGAGUGUAUGGCCUGCUCAGACAACACCGUGAGGGCCGGUCUCACGCCCAAAUACAUUGACGUUAACACGCUGUGUGAAAUGCUGAACUACAGCCCUGCCCCCGCCAGCUCCAAAAUCUUCCCUCGUGUCCAGGAUGCUUCAGACCCCUGUGUGUCCCUGUAUGACCCCCCGGUGCCAGACUUCACUGUCAUGAGGAUACAGGUCCCAGCCUCAGUCAAGCAGUACACUGUGGCUCCAGUCGACAGCGCCAGUAUCCUCCUGGUCAUCGAGGGCGACGCCACGGCAACCUCCGCCGCUGCUCUCUCUGAUGUCACUCUGAGGCGGGGCACCGUCCUGUUUGUCUCAGCCAACGAGAGCGUCUCCCUGCAUAUCACCUCUCCGUCAGGGAUGCACAUGUUCCGAGCCUGCUGCCUCCUGUAGUUGUGAGUCUGUGGCUGUGUGUGAAACUUCAUACUACCUGUUUGUUUCUUCUCUGGUUUGACUCAGGAAGGUCUAGACUGAGUUAUGGAUUGAGCCCGAUGACUGAUGUGCACUUUUUAGUGGGUAGUAUGUUAAAGGAGCUUUCAGACACAGAGUGUUGGUGCCCAUCUGUGCCCGCUGCUCCCCCCCUUACCCCGCUGCUCCCCCCCUUACCCAAACUCAGUGUGCGGACUGCUGUGUCCACCCUGUUUACCAGCAGCAGUGUUUUUUAGCUUUAAAAUCCAGCUGUGAUCCAUUGCUGCUGGAUUUUAACAGAUUUUAACCAACUUUUUUUACCUGUAACGGUGCAAGUGCAACAUCCUCCACAGGAAAAGAGGAGGAUGUACACAUCCCAAAUUCUUGUUAGGUGCUGGACAAAGGACACAUACUAGGAAUAACAGUAAAACAGUUGCCAGUUGAUUAGAUACACCAAGCUAAAAUGAAUGCAGUCCAACACAGUCCUGCAAGAAAUUCUUCUUCAUGAAGUCUAUAAUCCUGUUUUAGAGAUGUGUUGAUUCAACUUGAUGGUCAUUGUGGAGGAUGUAGUGGUGCUGUUGUUGUAUUGCAUCGUAUAGAGACGUGUUUCUGUCAUUUAGCCUUCCUUCAUUGAUAAAUGGCCUGGACAAAAUAUUAGAAACAUCCACAGCACCAUGACCUGCAGCCUCCAAAAUGAUCACACAGCUGAUCCAGUUGAUUUUUAAAACCACACAUUAUACCCUUCUCAAAGCUAUGCUUAAUUGCAGGACUGUUGUAUUAGACUGCAUAAGUUGUAGUUGUAGGUGUUCCCAAUAAACUGGCAACUGAGCGCAUGUCUGGAACACCGAACAGCAUCCUUAAUAUGCACAUGAAGUGCACACAGCACUGUUUGGAUCACUUAACCCUCAUCAGGUUACUGAUGAAGAACCUGAUUGUUUAUGAUGAAGUUCAAGGGAUCAAAAUGUUGAGUUAAAAAGUUCGGAAUUGAUCUUGGAAACAGCAGCUGAGAAAACAAACUCACCACAAGACCAAUCUAGUUUCUGUUCUGGAGCCUAAAGUGAAGCAUGUGAAGUUCAUGUCAAUAGGGAAAACACUACCUGCUGAUGAUAGAAAUCUCUAGAGCUACUAAUAAACCUUUUGGUGUGGUUGUUUUCUUAUUGGGAGCCCUUCGCUGUUCCAGACAUUUUUACUCUUUAUUCAAAGUACACUUAGAUUUCUUAUUUUUCAGUCUGGGAUAAAGAUAACACUCACUUACAGCGACUUAAUCAAACAACAGGGUGUGGGGUAUAUGUUUACACUGGGGCAGUACACAACCUCUCACUGCUUUGUACAUCUAUGGUACCACCUUGUUGAGGACUGAGCACGACUGUUUUAUGGGCCAGAAGUUGUCUUCCCCCAGGGUCACUGGUGCAACCACCUGUUUUAUCAUCUUAACUUUAGCCUGAACAAGUAAAUAUCCACCUUUUGGAGAAAAAAAAUCAAAAAAGACAUUGUUAGUAUAGCAACAGUUGAGAGUAGUGUAAUUCUGAGAUGCUUGUGCAUGUUAUAUUUAGAGUAGUAAUACAGGAGAAGGGCUUCUGUCCUGACUUUGACAAUGGUACUAGCCACUAGUCACAGUGAAGUUGACCCUGCUGAGUAUUACUGCAUUUAACUGUUACCAGCGCAUGUUUAUGGUCUGGAAACUUCUCAUCAAAGUAGUAAACAAUCAUAGAGAUUAAAAAACAAAACAGGAGCAAGCAAGAAGGGCCGCUACCGAGAUCAUAUGGCACGAUGACAUGGGAAUCAGGAAUGCGUAUUGAUUAAAACUUCUUCUUCUAUAUGACUAAAAAUGCACUAAUGCUGCUUGUGGAAUACUUACACAAUUUGACCCGAGCCCGUUAACACAUCCAUGUAUUGUACAUUUGUACGACAAAAUGCUGCAUAGGAUUUUAUAUUAUUAUAGGAACAAACAUGUCUGUAUUUCUGAGUAUUUGAAGCCAAAAUUUUCAGACUUUGUAUGUUUUGCUGUUUGUACUGAUCCAUCAAUAUGAGACAUUACAUACUAAGAGAAAACAUCCCUGAACUAACUGUAUUAUAAGAUUUUACCUGUACAUUAUGAAAUCAUGGAGCGAGUGGUUUAUCUUGUUUUGUGGUGACCACUUCAACAUGUUGGUACAGUAUUGUUAACUAGAUUAUUUCAGUAUGGUGCAAACUUCUGCAUAAUAUUCCAGUUCACACCAGGGUCGAUAUGAAAUCAAUCAAUCACGAAGUCAUGGACUUUCUUGUUGUAAUAGUUUUUAUAGGCUAUAUUCAAUCAAAUAUUUGAGAAUGAAUGCUCUAUCAGCCUGCCAGCCUACCAGUGACUGACUACUGUAUGCUCUUUAUAGUUUGACCUGAAUGAAUGACCACAGUGUACUGAGCCAACCCUGCUAAAGCUUUUACCUACUUCAUGACCAUGUUAGUGAUGUGGGUUGUUCCCUGAGCAUGUUCGUACUAUAGAUGCACUAAAUCAUAGUUGUUUGUUGUUGCUAAAAUGGUUGAAAAAUUGAAGAAUAUUAAGAGAUUAGAAGAGUGUUAAUAGUUAAAAUCACUACAUCGCUUUGAUUAAAGAACCAUUACCUCAAAAUCAUCCUUCCAUAUCUCUGAGACUGUAGAGCCUCUGGUUAUUUUUGUCAACAACCAACCUGUUUGCCAUCUUUUCAAAAUGAUUUAAUUUAGUCAUGUAGUCUUGUAGAGGUCACUGUUUAAAAAACUGAUUUAGAAUUUUAACUUUUAAUUUAACACGUCUUUGUUACUGAUGUUAUUUUAAGUCACCUUUUAGUUUAAAUACUGGACUUUGCACAGAGAUUAUUUUUGUUUUUAGGGCUUUUCUUUCACUGUUUAAUUAUUUUAUUGAACCAUUGUGAGGAUAUUUCUCUAGUGUGGGCAUGGUUUAGCAUUUAUGAAUCUGAUGAUGCUGUAGCAUGGGACUGCAGAGAAUGUGUAUGUAAAAGUGGUUUAAUAAAGCCUUGUUCUGUUACUAAA